GAGACCCAUUGUUGAAGUUCCUCUGCUUCGAACCGGACAAACCACAAUCAGCUCGGUAGUUCUUGCAUAUCUGUGAAGUCGAGAGUGUGUGGCGAUAGAAGUGCUUGAUUGGUGCUAUAAUAUGUAACAAUUGUGCUGAAAGUAUUUAAUUGAUAAUUAAUUAAAAUAUUUUUCUUAAGAAACAUAGAUAAUUCCAAUCGUGCCACGUGAUAUUUUUAAAUUAUUUCGUGCGUAUAUUAUUGAAUGCGUCCGCAGUCGUUGAAUGGCUAGUGGAUAGUGCUGAAAUACAUAUUGGCAUACAUUUUUACGAAACUAACAGCUUUUGCCAGCGAUUUCCUACGUCUGCAUAUAGUGAUAGUGUGUACUUACUGUUUGCUAUCCCAGCGUGUGUUCAAUUGAAAAGUGAAAUAAAAGGAAAAUCUGCAGAAAAUACCACUGAACACAAUGAAGGCCAUCAUCAGUCAUAAGAUAAUACUAAACGGAUUACUCAUCCUAGGAAUUAUUUGCACAGUUUGUGGCAAACCAGCGACAGGUGAUCAAGACAAUGACUAUCCAGUGCAAAAUGACGACGACUACCAAUACGAUGAUGACAAUUCGUCACCGCAUUCAAAGGCACCCGUUGAGGUCCUUAAAUCGACAGUUCCCCCAGUCUUGGUUCGCACGGAAUACAUGAAGCAAGUCCAGCCAGGUGAAGAUGCAGUUCUGGAGUGUCCUGUAAAGAAUCUCUCGCAUACCAAUGUCGUCAUGUGGAAGAAUGGAACUACUGUCAUAGCACAAAGUGUGAAGACCACUAACAACCGUGUUAGUGUUGACAAUAAUUACACUUUGACGAUCCAUAAGACGAAUGAGUGGGACAGUCAGACAUACACUUGUAUAAUUUACCCCCAAGAAUUGAAAGUCAACGCCAAGUUAACCGUGGGUGGCAACCAACAGAGCGAGAAGCAGAGCGGAACUUCAACAACCCCAUCUCCAUCCAGUGGUGAGCGGGUAUCCAGCACCUACUUCACAUUCCUCCUGUCAUCAGUCAUGACCUCUUUACUGUGUGCCAACUCGGUACGAAGGAUAUGAAUUUGAUUAGAUCUGAAGAUAAUGCCAAUCGAUUUAACAAGUCUUACAACUUUUGGAUGCAUGUGACUCUUGGAUUACAACUACAAAUCUUUGAAAAGAAUUCCUUUAAAAGGUCCUCUUCUUGAAGACCGCACAUCCCUGUUCGAUCCUAGAUAAAUUAUCUUCCGGUUUGAUUCUUCAAAUGUUUCUGGCUUGUUUGGAAUCGAUGGGCCCUGCGACAGUCUAUAAAUAUUACACUUGUAUUUAGUUAUUAUAAAUUUUUUGUUUUUAUUUUGUUACAUAACUUUAAAUUAAAUUAAACAGAAGAUAAAGUACAUUAAACAUAAUUAUGAAGUGAAGUAGGUAAGAAUGGUUAGAAUUUAAAAAAUUGUAGGAUACAGUAUAGAAGAAAGAUAUAUAUGUAUGGGCAAGAAGCUUUGAUGGCGUCAAGGCACAUGUAGUCGUUACACCAAAUAUGUAGUAAAUCCUCGUGAAAAUUUAAAUAAAGUUUGUUUUAAGUCGAAAUUCCAAGAUGAAAUAUGCGGCAAAACUAUUAUAUAUAAUAUCAAAUAUGUAAAUUUAAUAGAGAAUAAAUCAAGGAUGCUACUAAUAUUAAAA